AGCCGUCCCAUCAUGCAUUGAAAUUCGCGCCUUUGUAAGUUUUGUUGAAUAGUUGGUCCGAGCUGGUUUUUUUCCGGUGAGAUUUUGGAAUUGUUUUAAAGAUAAGACGGCCAAUCCACGAUGUCAUCAAUCAGCCCUCCCGGUACACGGUCAUCUACGUCCACCCCAGAGAAAUCGUCAGGCAAACCGCCCUUUGACCUGAAACGCAAGGUCAAAUCGGAGUACAUGAGGUUACGCCAGCUGAAACGGUUCAAGAGAGCGGAUACAGUCAGAACAAUUUGGUGCCGGAAUCGCGUCCACAUAGCAGAGAGCACUCAGUGUAAUAACCGUACAUGGCGCGAAGGUCCGUUCCAAUCCAUCCACACUGUGGCAUCGUUUGACCAACUACCGGUCAUCAGAAAGUGCUCUGUUGAGGUCAGCAAUGAAGGGCCAAUGCAGACUGGUCCCCUGUAUACCCUCAAUGCAAUCACAUCCGUUCCAUGGGUCUAUACUUGGGAACCACUCCAACAAAACUUCAUGGUUGACGAUGAGACAGUUCUCCACAAUAUCCCGUACAUGGGAGAUGAGGUGCUGGAACAAGACGGUUCGUUCAUCGAAGAACUCAUCAAAAACUACGACGGAAAAGUCCACGGGGAGAAAGAAUGUGGUUUUAUCGAUGACGAUGCCUUCAUUACGCUUGUCAAAAGCGUGGCCGUUGCUGAACAAGUUGAACUGGGGAUCCUGGACAAAGCUGAGGAGGAGCCGAAAGGAUUUCCCUCGGACAAUGUCUUUGCUGCCAUAGCUAGCCAGUUCCCAGACAAGGGCAAAACAGAAGAUCUUAGACAAAGGUAUCGUAACUUACAAGAGAAGCAGAAUUCCAGCGAGGUUGUGUUGGAGUGUACUCCCAACAUUGAUGGUCCUACGGCCAAAUCAGUCCCUCGUGAGCAGACCAUGCAUUCCUUCCACACCCUCUUCUGUCGCAGAUGUUUCAAGUACGAUUGUUUUCUCCACCCUUACCACCCGACACCGAGUCAGACGAAACCAAAGACGUCCGAGAUCCGCCAGGAGACAGAGCCAUGCGGGCCGGACUGCUUCAUGAUACAGCCCAAGGAGCCGGUUAUGAGCCCGCCCAGCACCCCAGAAAAGAAUCGCACAGCUACCAGGAGGCACAUGUCACGGUCCGACGAAGAAACGCCCACGAAAAAAAUGAAGACGGGUCAAGAAAAUGAAAGCACUCCAGAGAAGAUUCACCCAGUAGCAGCCCAGAAGUCUUCCCCCGACGCCAAGCCGAUCAUCACCACCGAUUCAGGGUGUGAGUGGAGUGGGUCGGACGCCUCCCUAUUCAGGGUUCUCAGAGGGGUUUGGUUCAACAAUUACUGCACCAUUGCUCUGCUCCUGAAAACAAAGACAUGUAGACAGGUUUGUGAGUUCGCACUGAAGGAAGGUGAGAUUGUGGAACUGCCCCCGGAGCGAAACCCUACACCUCCAAGGAAGAAGAAAAGGAAACAGAGAAUGUGGUCGAUGCACUGUAGGAAGAUACAACUCAAGAAAGGUAAAGACUCCACGGCCAGUCACGUCUACAACUACCAGCCCUGUGACCACCCAGGCAAGCCCUGCGAUACCGAGUGCAGCUGCAUCAUGCUCCAAAACUUCUGUGAGAAGUUCUGCCAGUGCAGCUCCGACUGUCAGAAUCGUUUCCCAGGAUGUCGUUGCAAGGCCCAGUGCAACACCAAGCAAUGUCCGUGCUACCUGGCGGUCAGAGAGUGUGACCCGGACCUGUGUGGUACAUGUGGCGCUAAUUCAGGCAACUUCUUUGAGAAGGCUGACAGUGAUAGUAUUUCUUGCAAGAAUGUGAGUCUACAACGAGGCUGGAAAAAGCAUCUACUACUGGCUCCGUCCGACGUUGCUGGCUGGGGGAUCUUCAUCAAACAGUCGGCUCAGAAGAACGAGUUUAUAUCGGAGUACUGUGGGGAGAUUAUUUCUCAAGAUGAGGCGGACAGACGAGGCAAAGUCUACGACAAGUACAUGUGCAGCUUCCUGUUCAACCUCAACAAUGAUUUCGUCGUUGAUGCCACACGCAAAGGGAACAAGAUACGCUUCGCCAACCACUCCAACAGUCCAAACUGCUACGCAAAAGUGAUGAUGGUCAACGGUGACCACCGCAUUGGAAUCUUUGCCAAGAGGCCCAUCCAAACCGGCGAAGAACUGUUCUUCGACUACAGGUACAGUGCGACAGAUGCCCUGAAAUAUGUCGGCAUUGAGAGAGAAAUGGACAUACCGAUUUGAAGACAAAUUUCUUUGUGGUGACUAGAUUUGUACUGCUCGGAAAUGGAACAUACAGGGCCUAGAACUUCAAUUCCUUUUCUUCAUUAAUCUUCUGUAACUCUUAAUUUUGCUAAAAGUGCCUUCAAACAAACUCAUUUUCUAAGACAGGUAAUGAAAAUAUUUUGUACAAACGUCGUAGCUGAAAUUAGUGAAGUCUUUACAUGAAAUGGUUAAAAUUUUAAACCGUAUGGAAUUUCUGUUUUUUGGGGUUAAAUUGUAGAAUAAUCGUUGAAGUUAUAAUUGUUUUUAGAAAAUGGGAAUUACAUGUACAGUCACGCAACAUUUCAAGAGUAUUUUAUUCCCGUUAUGGUUGUCAAGAAUGAAAGUAAAGUCAAUCUUUAUACAUCAAAUAAUGUUCAGUAAAGCGUAGCAUGAAUUCCAACAAAUGGGUCAUUUGUAAUAAGUUGAUUAAAACGGGACAUUUUUUACUCUUGUAAAUCAGUAUGCAUUAUUUCCGAAAACAUGCUUUUGCCAAUUUGGUGAAUUUAUUAUGAAUUGCCUUUUUGAUUCUAGGAUAGAUUUUAGUGUGACACUUGGUACCUUUCGUAAAGAAAUCUUUAAAAAAAAAGGCUUAAUCUCCAAUCAGCUUCGGAAAUGUCAGGGAGAUAGGGGGCCCUUGCCUUCGGCUGGUUUGAUUGGCUGUUAUCAAA